AUGCUUCUGCCGGUACAGAUAUAUGCGAUGACGAAUUUGGAUGGACUCCCUAAGGAAAUCUGGAUAGAGAUCUCAGGAUGGUUGGGACCUUCAGACAUUCUACAACUUCGUCUUUGUAAUAGAUCUCUUUGUAAAAAACUGAGCUCACGGGCUAUUUGGAGGCCUCGUUGUUAUGAGAAAUGGCUUACACAUUUACAGCACGAUCCAUUUUGCAUUGAGUUAAAACCAAAGGAUCACACUUGGUUUUACCACUAUCGUUUUAGAAAUCACAUUGAAUCGCGUAUUUCGAAAGAAAUAUUAAAUGCAUUGGCGUCAUCAGAACCGUACCACGAGUUAUUCCCAAGAUUUGUGCAUUAUAAACCUUCUCAUGUUAUUCCACUUUUACAUGGUGUUUUGAAAAAUGGAUGUUUAGACGGCGCAGCUGAUAAAGGCACAGGUAUGGAUAUCGUAACCAUUUGUCACCAUUUACUCAUGUGUAUGAGACAUAAACAUGUCUACGAAUUAAUUGGUCAAAACGAAAUGGAAUACGUUCACGAUGCGGAACUGAUGAUUUUUCUCAGAUUAUCAGCAAUGGAUUCUUCAUUUGAUCUUUUAUUACAUCAUAGAGACAGGGUUCUCAGAAGGGUACAUUCGCUAGUGAAAUUAGAAUGGGACGAAUUUAUUAAGUUGCCGGCAACUAUUAGAAUUGAUAGACUGGUUGGGUAUUUGAUGCAGGCAUUAAACCACAAUAAACCUUGGCCGGUAGGAGGUCCCGGUCAACUGUACUUGGAGGAUUUCAUCUUGUUAAGGGUAUAUGCAGGUGAAACACAGGGACAUCCUUUACUAAUACUGGCUAUUGUACAAACGUUGGCAUCUUUUUAUGGCGUAGAAACUGCAUUAUGUGGAUCUUAUCUGAUUAUACGUGAUCCUAAAUUGAGAGCCGGCGAGACUUAUUUAACAAUUUCUGCAGAAGGGAAUCCCAAGAUUUUCACUAAAAAAAGGUUGGUGCAAAGUCUGACAAGAAUACUAAAUACAAGUGAAGGGAUUGUGGUUAACCAAAUUUUACCAUCCAUAUUACAGCCAUUAGCUUAUAAAGAACUGGUUUCCACCAUCUUCAGAGAGUUAUUACCACUGUACAACAAGUCCAAAUGGUCAGCAGCACCUCUACCGAAAAAUCCACCGUUGUACAAACAAUUAUACCCUCAUAGUAGACAACCAAUGUCGGCAGAAAUUGUUCACUAUUUCACGUGUGUUUACAAGGCCUACGAAAUGCAGUCACGCAUUGAAAUGCGAAUUUCCUCUCUUUAUGCAGUUGCAUUCAAGGAAGUGUUCAGGUUGGUUUCGAGGUUGUACCCAGGUGAUUAUUCGUAUGCGGCCAAACUAUUGCAUGGUCGUGGCGUUGACUUCGGUGAGCACCUUUUGAAAUAUGAUGAAUGGAUUUUCCAACUGCAUAGCAUUGCCAUUGAAUCCUCGGAUGAAUUAGGUACUUUUGUCUCCUCUACAAGAGAUUCAUACCCAAUGUGUGUCGUCGGAGUUCGUACUUUUAAUAAUGGUAAUGUCUACUACACAUUGAUGAAUUAUUGCGGUGAGUUCUUCGUUGAAUUAAGCAAUAAUUUACAAGAAUACGACGCUAAGGGAAACCAAGAGGUUAUAUUGGAGUUUUUAGAGACAUCUGGAUUUUCGGAUUUGGGAUUAGUAUUUUCGCAACUAGAUAGAAAUGAUUGGAAGUUGAUACCCAACGAAAGAAUUAAAAAGCUAUUGCUAUAA